CUGGCUUGUUAUUUAAACAAGGCCAGGCUGCCAGUUGUGGUUUUUGGGUGUGGGUACCCCUGCUCCCUCUCCUGAGCGGUAUGUUCACCGACCAUCAGCUCGUGGGUCGCGAGAGCCGUGGCACUGGGGAUGUUCUCCUUGAGCUCGAAGCAGCAGCAGCUGACCUGGACUGAGCCAGUGGGGUGUAUUUCGGAGCUGCCAGGAAGGAGCUCUCGCCUUCGGAGCCACCCCUGAGCAGAUGACGGACAAGGUGAUGAACGGGAGGGUGCCCCUGCCUGAAAAGGCCUUGUCCGAGGGCUACGCGCGGCUGCGGUACCGGGACACCUCCAUGCUCAUCUGGCAGCAGCAGCAGCAGAAACUGGAGUCGGCGCCCCCCAACACUUACCUGAGCCGCAGUCGGAGUAUGUGGUACUCGCAGUACGGCAACGAAGCCAUCCUGGUGCGGGACAAAAACAAGCUGGAUGUCUCCAGGGACACGGGGCAAUCGAAGUUCUGUGCUAUUAUGUAAUUUCGGUGGUUUGGCGUUAGAAAGCCACACGUGGAGACAAACCAGACUUGCAUCAAGCUGGGGGAGAUGGGUUUGCACCAUCCUCGCAACAGACCUGCGGCUAAAGCAGCGUGUGUGGGAUGAGGCCAGAAGGGCUGUCUGAGGUUUACGGUUGUUUUCACUGUUGGUAGUACCAGAUUUUGCAUGUCAUUGAGUGUGUGUAGCAAAACCAGUCUCGCUCAGGAACUCACGAGCUUGUGUUUGCUGCCUGGCAUCUUGGCAGGGUCCGUGCUGGACCAUGUGUUGCUUCUAAAUGGCUUGUGUACCGUGAGAAACACCCGCUGUCAUUUGGGAGCCGUCCCCGGCAGGCACUUUGACUUGCUGGUCCUUACACAUUGUGAAUUCCGGUGGGAAAGAGGCAAGUGCAGAUCGUUUCCAUCGAGGCCAAGGUUUUAGGAAGGUGACCUGCAAAACUACCCGGCCGUUACUUGUUCUCCUUGCCCUGCCUCCCUUUACUGACUGCCCUGGAAGUGGUCUCUCACAACCAGGUAACAAAGGGAUCUCUUGUAGGUGAGAAGAGGGAAAGAAUGUGUUGAGAGUUUCACCUGAGCCUUCAAAACACCUGGCAGGAAAAGUGCGCUGCAGUUCCAUCCUGCGCAAAGCAAAGGGCCCUCUCUGGUGCCACAGUUUGGUAUCAUGGUAAUAAGAGACAGGAAUUCACACAGAUCACCAAGUGAACCGCCCGAAAGGGAGGGACAGGCCCAGGAAAGCACCAGGAAGGAAGCGACUAUAAAUACAUCUGCUAAGGGACGUAAGGAAACUCCCCCCCCGGUCUGUACCUGCCCCCAGAGAUCUGUUGCAGAAGGAAACAGUUCACUGAAGUUCGCUUCGCAUUUAAGUUUUAAUGCACGCAGUAGCUUGGAAGAGUUUAUCUUCCAGUUUGGGUUGGAUAGUAGAUUCAGUGCAUGUAUUUUUGAAGUUGGGUCUGGGAGUGUUUGUUUCAGCUAACUGAGGGGUUUUAAGGGGGAAAAACACUACAGUUGCACUUCUUGGGGACAGAGAUUGCUUUUGGGUUGUUUUGUUAAAGCUGAAUCCCUAACUUGCUCAAGGCAAGAUCAAACUGAGAAGCUCAACCCAGCAAGCCCCUAAACCUGCAUUAAAAACAAAGCAGUACCACUUCUAGAGGUGCUAAUUAUGUGCCCAGGGUUCAGCAUUAAAGUAUAAUAUUGGGCUUAAGUCCUAGACUCCCUUUAUGUCCUGCCUGGGACGUCCCCCUGCACACGUGUGCCUAAUCCAGCAGCGCUUAGGUAUAGGCUUAACUUUGAGCAAAUCAGUAUUUGAUGUUGACUUCAGUGUGGAUUAUUUACCUGCCUAAAACUAGGCACAGGCAUUACUUCUAUUAUAUUUAUCUAAAACAUCAUUUGCAUUUUUUGAGCACUUUAUUAGGUUUUCUUUUAAGAUGGUGAAGAACCUUCUCCACCUCUCCCAUGUGGGUUAAAUGGUAGAACACACACACUCGAGUUUGCUGACCAGAACAAACCUGUUUUAAUGCGAGAUCAUAGAGGUCUGAUGUCCUCAGCCCUGAUCUGUGGCACGUGUAGUCACUGCAAACUACAGGCAGCUCCUUUUGUAUUUUAAAGUACUAUUUAUGCAUGGGUUGAUGUUUGGUGCGUGCUCAUAAAAUUAAACCUGUUGAUGGGCCUCAGCGCUUUGCAAACCUGCACAUUGCUCUGUGUGCUCAAAUAGAUCUUGCCAGGACUAGCUCUGGAUGGGAAGUAUUUUGGUGAAUAAGUGUUGUUCCACUGGGGAAAAAGCAUCAGUUGAGAUUGACAGAACCAGCAAGACACACGAGCCAUGGCAGUGGUGGCAGAGCUCCUACACCGAGCAGGUGAAGGUAGAGCAGGACCCCGGGCUCAGUUGUGAGCAAACAGGUGAUGAUUUACAGACACGGGCAGGAGGUUGGACCGAGAGCUCCCCUGGAACCGCAGGAGGUGGGUUCAGGGCCUUCCCUGCAGCCCAGGGGAACGUGCAAACUCUGGGAGUUUAGGGAACAGCACAUCUCCAAAACCAGCUGUUCAUUUUCUUUUCUUAUAGAAAAAUCAGGGUUUGUGUUUUGUUUUUUUUUUUUUUUCUCAGAAAGUUGAUUAUUUUGGGUAUCAUCAGUCUCUUUUUGUUCAUGCGGCUGGUAAACCAAAAUUAAGUUAUUUGAAACAUUAACUGGACUAUACAAGAAUAAAAACUUGAGUAUGUGCAUAAAUUCUUCCAGGAUUAAGCUGGGCACGACAAUACAGGAAGAGUGUGACUUGUUCUUCCAUCUCUGUGUGACCGUGACUGUAUUAUUUCCGUAUCUGUGUGUCCUUAUUAGUCACAGGUUUGUGGAGUAGCUGCUCUGAGCAUUUCUGUAAACCACUCGUGUAGUGUCAAUGCACUUGUUUAAAACGCUGUCGUAGCCUCUUGGAUAAAGUGCAUUAAAAUGGUUUGAAUGCA